CCUUUCCUCCAACACAUUCGUUCACUCUGGUGGAGUAAAGUGACAUUGAAAGGGUGCCUCAACGUGGCAUCCUAGAGAAAGACCCCUCUAUUUACCAACAGCCGUCACCACACUGUACCGUCCUGGCACACGUAGUACCCUCCGAAACGUCCCUACCUCGACUAAUAAAUGACCAUCAUAGGCGCCAGAGAAAUAAAACAAGCGAAAGACACGGAUCAUUAUCCGAACGUGGAGAGAAAAACAACGAAUCAUUUUCGGAAUCAUAUGAAGGAAAAGCGCACGAAUCGUCGUCGCAGUUGCCUUCUCAAUGCAUACCCUUUGUGCUCGGGGAACGAUGAAACCAGAGAUUAGCGCCGCGGUCGGGUUUCUGUCGAGAUUUCUGCGGAUAAAAGGACACGUAAAUGACAGACAGCUUCAAUCAUUCAGCGCAAGUUUACAGGAUAUUUUGUCAGAGCAAUACAAGCACCACUGGUUCCCCGACAGGCCCUGCAAGGGCUCGGGCUACCGCUGCAUCCGCAUCAACCACAAGAUGGAUCCCCUGGUGGGACAGGCAGGCCAGCGCAUCGGCCUGACCAUCAAUCAGCUCUACCUGCUGCUGCCUAGUGAGCUCACCCUCUGGGUGGACCCCUUCGAGGUGUCCUACCGCAUCGGCGAGGACGGCUCCAUCUGCGUGCUCUACGAGUCCCAGCCGGUGGCCCCGGCGCCGUCGGGAGGCAGUGCGGUCACCUCGACCCCCAUGGUGGACAGUCACAUCAGCUGCAAGGAGGCGGCGGGGAUGCUGGGCAGGACCAGCCCUUCCAAAGCCUACAACAUGAUGACUAUGUCCAGCUAAGGGCUGCCACCCGCCACGUCGGGUCGUGGGUUUCGCCCUAGUUGGUCGAUGGCGAACCUUUUUAAAGCUAAAAAGAAAUGAAAUGAAAAA